UUCAGGGAUGGGGUCUCCCGGCUGGGCAUUCAUCCUGCUGCAGCUCUGGGGCCUGCAGGGAGCUGUGAGCCUGAGUGUGCAGCAGUGGCCCCCGAGGGUGAGGGUGACACAAGGUGACAAGAUGUUGCUGUUCUGCUGGGUGAAGCAGAGCCAGUCCUGGGAGAGGCUGCGUGUGGAGUGGGUCCGGGACAAUGUCAUUUUUUGCCACCUGCUCAUCUCCAAUGGCAGCCUCAACCCUGAGGGCUGCAGGUCUCGGGGACAGCUGUCCUGGUGGCCGCCAGCGAACCUCAGCCUGAGGCUGGACCACGUGAGCCUUAACGACAGCGGGGACUAUGUGUGCCGGGCCACCCUGGAGAUCCCCAAGUUGCAGGAGGCCAAGGGCAACGGGACCACGGUCCGGGUAGAGGCAGGUGGCCUCCAGCUGAAGGAGACCUCCCGCCCUUCAGGGCUCCUGUUGGCGCUUCUGGUGGCUGGGGCUGUGGUGGCAGCCUCGGUGGUGCUGGGUGCUGUGCUGUGGGGUCUCAGCAGGUGUCGUCGGGACUCGGGUGAGAGCACCUGCCCAGAAAAUUCUUUCUACAGCAAUGUCCUCUACCGGCCUCGGGAGAGUCCACGCAGGCUUCAGGACCUGCCUAAGGAGAAGGACACAGCCAGGGACCAGAGAGCCCAGGCCAUCUAUCUCACCACCUUCCCCAAGCCUGCCCCACGCCAGCAGCUUCCUGUCAACAAACCCAGCCCCAGGCCCAGGCCUGGCCAUGCCAUCUCUGUCCACUGUGACAAGCCCUAGGAGGUAGGGACAGGCCACAUGCCAAGAGGGAUCCUGGAGGUCGAAAGAGGCACUGAAGACCCCUGAGAACCCAAAGUGGACCUGGACAAGAGCUGUGUGAGGGCGGGGAUGUCUGACAGCUACAGGCUGAGAUCAAUGAUGUGACCCAGGGACUGUUA